UCAAUACCAGCAUUCAGGAUGAACCAGGUAUAUUUUAUGGCGUAAGCAGCCAGUAUGAGAGCCCAGAGAAUAUGACCAUCACCUGUUCUUCCAAAGUCUGCUCCUUUGGAAAGCAAGUAGUGGAGAAAGUAGAGACAGAGUAUGCUCGGUUUGAAAAUGGACGUUUUCUUUAUCGCAUCCAUCGCUCACCCAUGUGUGAAUAUCUCAUCAAUUUCAUCCACAAAUUAAAGCAGCUUCCAGAAAAAUAUAUGAUGAACAGUGUGUUAGAAAACUUUACUAUACUGCAGGUGGUUACAAAUCGGGACACUCAAGAACUGCUCCUCUGCAUAGCUUAUGUAUUUGAAGUGUCCACCAGUGAACAUGGAGCUCAGCAUCACAUCUACAGGCUGGUGAAAGACUGA